AUGCAUUUCAGAAUCUCUGUCGCCGCUCUUGCUUCCAUCAGUGCAUUGGCAUCUGCCCAGGCACCCAGCAUUGACCAAUGGACGCGACUUGAGAUCAACAACGGCACUGCUUGGGAAGAGGUCACUCAGAUCGCCAGGGACAACCAAUUGUACAACCUGGGCACACGCCAGAACUCUCCUUGCCAGUGGGGAACCAUGGACGUAAGAAGAGAGUUUAGGGACAUGUCCAAGGGGGAUCGCAAAUCCUUCACCGAUGCCGCUACAUGCCUCAUGAACACACCUCCCCAGCGCAUGCCCAAGGACCAGGCUGCCAACUAUCCUGGCAUCAAGUCUCGUCACGACGAGUAUGUGGCUACACAUAUAAAUAUGACCCUAGAAAUUCAUGCGACGGCCGAUUUCCUCGCAUGGCACAGACACUACAUCAAGCACUACGAGCAAGACUUGAAGGACCUCUGCGGCUAUACCGGUACCCUUCCCUACUGGAACUGGGCCAAGGAUGCCUCUGCUCCCCAAGACUCGCCUCUCUUCACCGGCGACGAGUACAGCAUGGGCUCCAACGGCAAAUACAUUCCCAACCGCGGCGACACCUACCUCUACACUCAAGGCGUCAAUAUGCCUCCCGGCACUGGCGGCGGCUGCGUCGAGAGCGGCCCCUUCUCCGACGUCACCCUCAACCUCGGACCCUUGGAUCUUCCUAACACCAAGAACGUCAAGAGCAAUUAUGAAUAUAACCCUCGCUGCCUGGAACGUGAUUUCAACUCCUUCUUCAGCGAGCGCUACAAUACCUUCUCCAACGUCACUGAGCUAGUCCUCGAAAGCAUCUAUCUCGAAGACUUCCAAGAUCGCAUGCAAGGCUAUGCCGCUGGAGACGCCUUCGGCGUCCACGGUUCCGGGCAUUGGUCCAUCGGAGGAGCCGCCGCUGACUUCCACUCUUCACCUGCCGACCCUCUUUUCUUCCUUCACCAUGGUAUGAUUGACAACGUCUGGACCACCUGGCAAAAUCUGGACAUCUACCGCCGUCAAUUCAUCAUCAAGGGAACUUCGACAUUAGGCAACAAUCCUCCCAGUGCUGAGAUGACUUUGGACGAUGUCAUUCCCUUUGGUUUUGUCGCUGAAGACCGUAUCUUCCGCGAAUUGAUGGAUACUUUUGCAGAGGGUUACUGCUACCGUUACGAGUAG